UCUCUCUCUCUCUCUCUCUCUCUCUCUCUCUCUACAAACCCUAGCGUAGGCGAUCCUCAGAAGGGAGAGUGAGAGAGAUAGAGAGAGAGAUGGAUCGAAUCAGUAGUGCGAAGCACUGAAAAGAUCCAAUUUUGGGGGAUUUUGAGCACCAUUAUCUCCCCCUCUUCCGAUUGAGAUAGAGAUCGCAGAGAGAGGAGAUGCAGUAUCGGAAUGGUGUAGCGGCGGCGGCGGCGGAGGAGGAGACGGGGGUGAUCCUCGGCGUCGACGGAGGCACCACCACCACCGUCUGCGUCUGCCUCCCGGCGGCCUCCGCCGCCGGAGGAUCGCCGGAGAAGGUCCCCGUCCUCGCCCGCGCCGUCGCGGGGUGUUCGAACCACAACUCCGUUGGAGAAAUAGCUGCUAGGGAAACCCUAGAACAAGUUAUGGCUGAAGCCCUCUCAAAGGCUGGUGCGGAUCACUCAGCUGUUCGGGCUGUUUGUUUAGCUGUUUCUGGUGUAAAUCAUCCCACAGAUAAACAGAGGAUACUGAAUUGGCUGAGGGAUAUAUUUCCCAGUCACGUGAAGUUCUAUGUCGAAAAUGAUGCAGUCGCUGCAUUGGCGAGCGGCACAAUGGGAAAGCUCCACGGUUGUGUUCUGAUUGCGGGCACAGGAACCAUUGCUUAUGGCUUCACUGAAGAUGGGAGAGAAGCACGAGCUGCAGGUGCUGGACCAGUCUUGGGUGACUGGGGAAGUGGAUAUGGCAUUGCUGCACAGGCUUUGACAGCAGUAAUCAGAGCUCAUGAUGGUCGUGGACCGCCAACAAAUUUGUCCGAAAGCAUUCUUGACAAGCUCAAGCUUUCUUCACCGGAUGAACUGAUUGGUUGGACUUAUGCUGAUCCUUCUUGGGCUCGCAUUGCUGCUCUUGUUCCCAUCGUGGUAUCUUCUGCUGAGGAGGGCGAUGAAGUCGCGAAUAAAAUAUUAUCCAAUUCAGUUGAAGAGUUGGCUGAUAGUGUCAUAGCCGUUGUUCGAAGACUUAGCUUGUGUGGCAAAGAAGGGAAGGAUAGUUUUCCGCUAGUUAUGGUCGGAGGAGUGCUCGAGUCUAAUAAAGGGUGGGACAUUGCGGGUAAAGUUACAAACUGCAUUUCGAAGGUUUUCCCUGGGGCUCAUCCUAUUCGACCAGAGGUGGAACCAGCGGUUGGGGCAGCUUUGUUGGCUUGGAAUAAUUUCAAUAAAGACACAAAACUCUGCAAUGGCAGCUAAUUAUCUCCAGCAAAUAGGCUCUCUCUUUUUCUUCGGAGAGAUCCUUUCACUGUAAACUAGCACAUCAAUUGUUGCUGAAAUUGAAGGGUGGAAUAUGGGCUUAAAAGUGAAACAUUCUUGUUCGAUCACUCGCUAAUUGAUCGGCAGCAGAUAUAAUUUCACUCCAUUAUCGAUCGGUGCUUCAAAAUGGCUUUUUUUUCUUUUUCUUUUUUUUCUCUUUAGGUAUAUAUUGUGGUGAUUAAAUUGAAUAAAAGGGUAAUCAAAAGCUCUUCAUUUUAUUUGCUUUUUCUU